CUGUUUGCCACUGUUGUGUCCUUGUUGCACCGUGGACCGCCGGUGGCACCGUUUAUAGAAGCGGUCCUCUCAGCAGGAGCUGUACAAGUCCUUGUGUUUCCUGCUGCGCUCCCGCUCACUUGACGCAGCAGCUCCGGACGGACGGAGCCGCCAGAGAAAACGCUCCGAGGAGAGGAGGAGACAUGCUGACAGAUCUGAUCAAAUGAAAACGUUUCAUAUCUUCGCUUGAAUCCGAUCCAGCUGAAACAAUCACCACUCAGAAGCUCGGUUAGCAGGAGGGACUUGUUCUGGACUUUGGUUUACUUCGUUCGCUUUUAAAUCACUUCAACACACGCUGCUGGAGUAGUUUAGAAAUCUGCGGAUUCAGGUGGGAUUAUUUCAUCUGCUGGAGGAAACUCGUGGACUCACGGAUCUGCUGAACGCAGAGAGCCCGGACACUGCGGAACGGAGCAGGAGGAGAUGCUGAGACGGAGCGGAGGGAAACCAGCUGCUUUUGUUUGGAUCUCAGCGCUUCUCACUGUGGUGGACUGAGGUUCUCCAGACAACAGCUUCCGCCGCGCAGCCAUCACCUCCGUUUGGGAUGUUGAUGAAAGAGUACCGCAUUUGCAUGCCUCUGACAGUGGAGGAGUAUCGGGUCGGUCAGCUGUACAUGAUCAGCAAACACAGCCAUGAGCAGAGCGAGCGUGGAGAAGGUGUGGAGGUGGUGCAGAACGAGCCGUACGAAGACCCGGAGCACGGACCGGGCCAGUUCACGGAGAAACGGAUUUACCUCAAUAACAAGCUGCCCAGUUGGGCCAGAGCAGUGGUCCCAAAAAUUUUCUACGUCACAGAGAAGGCUUGGAACUAUUAUCCAUACACCAUCACAGAGUACACGUGUUCCUUCCUUCCCAAGUUUUCCAUCCACAUAGAGACCAAAUAUGAGGACAACAAAGGAAACAAUGAUAAUAUCUUUGGAAGUGAGGCCAAAGAGGAGGAAACUGAGGUGUGUUUUGUGGAUAUUGGCUAUGAUGAUAUCCCUGAACGGCACUACAAAGAGUCAGAGGACCUGCGAUACUUCCAGUCAAAGAAGACUAACCGAGGGAUUCUGCAGCAGGGAUGGAUCGAUACUCAAGACCCCAUUAUGUGCUCGUACAAACUGGUUUCGGUUAAAUUUGAAGUGUGGGGGCUACAGACACGAGUGGAACAGUUUGUGCACAAGGUGAUUCGAGACGUGCUUCUCCUAGGACACAGGCAGGCUUUUGCCUGGGUAGACGAGUGGAUUGAUAUGACCAUGGAGGAGGUGAGGGAGUAUGAACGUGCCACACAAGAAGCCACCAACCUGAAGAUUGGCACCUUUCCUCCCACUAUUUCUAUCUCAGAGACCCCCCUGCCCUCCUGCGCCCGCAGCGGGCCAAACAGCGCCCCAUCCACCCCCCUCUCGACCGAAGCUCCGGACUUCCUGUCUGUGCCCAAGGAUCGACCUAGGAAGAAGUCCGCUCCGGAAACCCUGACCCUGCCCGAUCCGGGUCGCAGGGAUUCGCUCUUCAAACUGCCCAGCUUUUUCUCCUGGAACUCCAGUCCGCAGCCCGAAUGAGACCAGAGCCGAGGCAGCUGGUGAACACCCUCCACUUGUGGAUCAGGGCCUGCCCAGCAUGCCCCACAACGCCCCCUUCAGCCGGUUCAAGUGAAGGAGACUUUUCACUGUCCUGGCCACCCCUGAACCUCGGCUGGUGUUACAGCAGCUCUCAGACAGACGGGCAGCUCCCUCCAUAAAGUCCUCCGAGGUGUAACGGUUAAGUUUGUCCCUGCAAGAGUAAAAUUCAAUUCAAUUCAAUUCAAAAAUACUUUAAUAAUCCCAGAGGGAAAUUGAUUGCUGUAGUAGCUCAGAAUAAUAAUAAUAAUCAAGUCAUCAAAGAGUUAUUGUAUAUUACAAUGGCUGUUGGCAGGAAGGAUCUCCAGUAGCGGUCAGUGUUGCAGCAAAACUGAAGAAGCCUCUGACUGAAGACACUCUUCCGUUGUCGGACAGUCUUGUGAAGAGAAUGCUCAGGGUUGUCCAUCAUUUUCUUGAUUCUCUGGAGAAACUUUUUUUUGCAUUAUCUCCUCCAGUGGUUCCACAGUCGUCCCCAGAACAGAACCAGCCUUUAUUAUUAGGCUGUUGAGCCUUUUCAGGUCCCUGCUUCUGAUGCCACUACCCCAACAGACGAUGGCUGAAGAGAUUCUACUCUCAACAACAGACUUGUAGAAGGUCUGCAGCAUCUUGCUACAGACACUGAAGGACCUAAGCGUCCUCAAGAAGUGCAGUCUGCUGUGUCCCUUCUUGUAAAUGGCUUUGUUGUUCUUUCUCCAGUCCAGUCUGUUGUCCAGGUGAACUCCAAGGUAUUUGUAUUCCUCAACCACCUCCACUUCUUCUCCCAUGAUGGAAACAGUGUUUGACUCCAACCUGUUUCUUAUAAAGUCCAAAAUCAUCUCCUUUGUUUUGUUCACGUUCAAGGUCGGAUGAUUGUUUCCACACCAUGCCACAAAGCGCUCCACCAGCUCUCUGUACUCAGCUUCCUGUCCAUCUCUGAUACACCCGACAACUGCAGAGUCAUCUGAGUAUUUCUGUAGAUGACAGGUCUCUGAUUUGUACUGGAAGUCUGAGGUGUACAGAAGGAAUGGUGAGAGUACAGUAAAAAAGCAAAGCAAAGUACAAAGCAGCUGCAGCUACCUAGAUGAACCUGUAUGGAGUUCAGUCUGAGUGUAGCAUACAUUCCUGAAAAUGUUUUAUCCCAAGGAGAAGCUCAGGAUGUCCUAGAAAAGGUUCAGUCAAGACUCACAACUUUACAUGUAAAGAAUUUAAGUUUUUGCUGCUUCACUUUUUAACAUCUGAGCAUGUGGUUCGGUGUUUGUAUCUAUGUGAUGAGGCCGUCUUUAUUAAUCUCUGUAAGUUUUCUUGUAAAUAAACAUAUGAGGUUAUUUAACUUGCUGUAGAAACUAAAUAUAUGUCAUGUAACAGUAAUGUUAUGAAAUGUAAUGUUUUGACAUAAAAUACUUUGAAUAUAGUGAAUUAUCCUCAUGUGGCAUUGUUUUAAAACAGAAACCAUUUAUAAAUAUUUGUUGGUUUUCUUCAGUCUCGGUCUCUGAUUAAAAAGUGUUUUUCUGAGGGUUACUGUGUUUAUGUGGUGUUCAGCUGCUGGUAUUUUGGUUUUUAUUUGGUAGUCAUUUUCAAACUAGUGGUGGAGUUGCAUUCUGUAAAUAAAAUUAUGUAAAAUAUUAGUGAAUUCAUCACUGUGUGACAUUUUCUCAACAAUAUUAGUUGCAAUACAUCAUCAUGAAUCUAAGUCAGGAGUCAGAAAUAAUAAAUUCAACAUGAAAAUAUGUUAAAAUUAAUUUAGAAGAAAUGUGUCAGAUUAUAACUGAUUGCAGGUUGGAUACAGUUUAUAACCUUUUUAUGGUGUAAAAAAUCCCUUGAUUAAAAGCUUCUAUCAGGUUAUAUUAA